AUGUCGGCCAUCGCUCUCGAGACACCGCUGGCCGAGGCCCUAAACAGUGCUGUCCACUCCAAAAUUGUCGAAGAAGGCUGGACACAAGAGGAUGAUACUUCGUUAGCCGAGUACAUUGUGCUCAUGCUUGCCAAUGGCAAAACUCAAGAGCAAAUCGCAUCAGAGCUCGCGGGCGAGUUAUUGCAGGAUGCGAAGGGCACGACAGAGUUUGCGCAGUGGUUAUUUGACCAGGUCAAUCAACUCUCCAGCGGCACAACAAGGUCUGGUGCCGCAGAUCCAUCGCAAUCCUCCGGCCAGACUAGUCAGGCUGUCGCAUCAGAGACAGCGUCGGGCAACUCGACAGAAAAUGGCAAUUCGGCGAUACCGGCGGCGUACGACCAGGACAUGGCCGAUAAUGCCCCCGAAAAUGCGCCUCGAGGACCAAAGAGCUUGCACGGAGGCCGAGGAUCUGGCAGAGGUGGACGAGGCGGCGGAAAUAACAAGACCGGCGAGUCGGCGCUCCAUCGAGUGCGCGGCAACGAUCGGAUCAACACACACUCGCGCGGCACACCGAAAGGGCCCCGCAAUGCUCAGAACCGUGAUGUGCGCCCUGGCAUGCAGAAAGCCUUGAACAACAUGGCCAUGCCCGGAGCGCAUCAAGGAUUGCAGAACCCCAUGAUGAUGAAUGGAGGGCAACAGGGUCAGCCGAUCAUGACCCCACAACAACAGAUGGAGUUUAUGGCGAUGAUGGAACAACAAACUCGAAUGCUCGCACAGAUGACGGGCAUGAUGCCCGGCGCGGUCAACUCUUUCCAACCGGGCGGUAGCCCACAGAACAGCCAAGGCCGGUCAUUGUUUGAUAGAGUCGAGCCCGGGCGCGGUCGCGGAGGCAUUCGAGGACGAGGACGUGGCGGCAACCAUCAGAACGGACACAUCAAGGGUGCAGCCAAACCGACCGACCAAGAGACUGCAACUGAAGGCGACGGACAGAGUUCCGAAGCCGGCACGUCCGCGAUGGAUGUGGAGCAGAACUCUCAAAGCGAACGAAAGCCCCUUGAUCCCGCCACCACCAUGUGUCACUUCAACCUACGUUGCACCAACAAAGAUUGUCCUUACGUGCAUCAGUCGCCCGCGGCGCCUGAAGGCACGGUGGUCGACAUGAACGACACCUGCUCCUUCGGCGCGGCGUGCAAGAAUGUCAAGUGUGUCGGCAAGCAUCCAUCACCGUCCCAGGUGCGAGCGUUCCAAGCACAAGAGCUGUGCAAGUUCUUCCCCAAUUGCACGAAACCGAACUGUCCAUUCAAACACCCAUCGAUGCCGGUAUGCCGGUUCGGAGCCAACUGCAAGACGCCGAACUGCCAGUUCACGCAUCUCCAGACUCCUUGCCGCUAUAACCCCUGCACAAAUCUACGGUGCCCCUUCAAACACGAGCCGGGCCAGCAGAAGGUCAACAACUUUUCCGAUUUCACAUGGACCCCUGACAAGCAGGCCGAUGCGAACGCAAGCAAAGACCAUCUCAGCAACCGCAAAUUCGUCGACGAGCAAGCUGGGGAGGAGGAACUGGUAAGACCAGAGGACGGCAAUGUCGAUUCGAAUGGAGAUGCGGGUAUGACCCAGGAGGUGAUUACUUGA